CCAAAUACCCAAACGCCCCCCAAAAACUUGAAAAGAAAAUGAUCGGAUUGGGCACCUCCUUGGGAAAAGCGUCAAGUCCCGAUUCCUAUUUUUUGCCCUCCCUCCCCCUCACUGCCACCACCAUCUCCACCUUCUCACUUUCCUCUCUCUCCUUCUCCUCCAACAACCUCACUGGGAAGAGGAAUUCCCGGAAUUCAGUUUUGCGCCGGCAGAGUGCGGGCUUCGAGAGCGAGCCGGAGCUAACGAGCGAUUCGAUGGAAUCGGAUAAGGAACUUCCCGAGUUUAGCCGGAACCUGUAUCCGAAUAUCGAGCCCUACAGUUCCGGGUUUCUUAAGGUUUCGGAUAUUCACACACUCUAUUGGGAGCAGUCUGGAAAUCCCGACGGCCAUCCUGUAGUUUUUCUUCAUGGAGGUCCAGGAGGAGGAACUUCACCAAGUAAUCGAAGAUUCUUCGAUCCUGAGUUUUACCGGAUCAUUCUAUUUGAUCAGAGGGGUGCGGGGCAAAGUACCCCACAUGCUUGCUUGGUUGAAAACACGACAUGGGAUCUCAUUAGUGACAUUGAAAAGCUCAGGGAACACUUAGAAAUUCCAGAAUGGCAGGUUUUUGGUGGGUCAUGGGGGAGCACACUUGCCCUUGCAUAUAGCCAAUCACACCCUGACAAGGUUACUGGAAUUGUUCUUAGAGGGAUUUUUCUUUUAAGAAAGAAGGAGAUUGAUUGGUUUUAUGAGGGUGGUGCUGCUGCCAUAUACCCAGAUGCGUGGGAGCCAUUUCGAGAUCUUAUUCCAGAAAAUGAAAGGGGAUGUUUUGUCGAUGCCUACAAAAAGAGAUUGAACUCCGAUGACCAAGAAAUUCAAUAUGCAGCUGCUAGAGCAUGGACCAUGUGGGAAAUGAUGACUGCCCAUCUUCUUCCAAAUAAUGAGAACAUCAAGAGAGGGGAGGACGACAAGUUUUCAUUGGCCUUCGCAAGGAUUGAAAAUCAUUACUUCGUGAACAAAGGAUUUUUCCCUUCAGAUGGAUUCCUGUUAGAUAACAUUGAUAAGAUACGGCAUAUAAAAACAAUGAUCGUACAGGGAAGAUAUGAUAUGUGCUGCCCCAUGAUGUCAGCUUGGGAUCUUCAUAAAGCAUGGCCGGAAGCUGAUCUCAAAGUUGUUCAAGAUGCUGGGCAUUCUGCUAAUGAACCAGGAAUAGCUGAAGAACUUGUGGCUGCAAAUGAGAAGCUGAAGCACAUGAAGAAAGGACAAUAGGAAGAGAGAGACGAGAAUGCAUACCAAAGAAUAAGCAGCGGCCUUCCCGUUUGCCGGGUGCAGUUGGUUCCAGAUGAAUGCACAUAAUUGCAUGGAGUAUUUGAACUAUUGUAUCAAACUGUGUAAUGUUUCCCCUUUGAGGAUUCGGCUUUCCAAUGCCCUGAAACCCGGAGGUGGGGAAUUGGAUGGGGGCCGUGAAGUAAACAUUCUACUGAUUAAUACUGAAUGUUGGAAAGGAUAUCAAUCAUUUCUCUUCUAUUUCAAGAAAA